ACGCAGUAUUUAUCUCCAUUUUUCGCACAGACCCUAUCUAGUACUGUAGCAGAGGCGGUAAAGUGUGUAGUGGCCUUUAAAAAUGCCGUGCUUUAUUUUAUUGCCUUCUAGUGGAAAUUUCGAAAUUAAGCUCCCUAUCUGCACUACGAAGUCCUUAAACUGGGCUAUAUGUUAUAGACAUGUGUCUCACAAUAAACGUUCCUUAAUUAAAUAUCGUUGAGAUCAUCAGAUUUGUGAUUCGCGGAAUUUCUUUGUUUUCAGAUGGUAUCUGUGACCGAAGAGCUUUUCGUUAAAAAAAGAAACUACAAGACUAACACGAAAUACCGCUGCCUCUCGGCGCUAUUGGUUGAAGAUCUCGGAAGCGGAGAAUAUGACUACCAGCUAUCAGCAAGAGAGGAAGGAGGAACACGCGUAACAUACUAUGUCACCGUGACCGCUAAUACAACUGGUAACCACCCGGAGCCAAAUGCAGCAAUCUACCCGGAAGACCCAUUCGAGGGCAAAAUGAAUCACAAGAUUGUCACCAUGGAUGACAAACACUCAUGCUUUGUCUUGGUUCGAGUUACGGGUGGAACAAACAGAGAAUGCUACCUUGCGAUGACGCAGAGCACAGUGAAGGGCACCAUUCCCCAUCAAUGCGAAAGUGCAUACACUACUUACUGCGGUGGCAAGAGUCUCACCCUUUACGAAGAUGACUGCUAGGCGUAGAUAAGCCAGCCACCAGAUUGGUGUCUUAGCGUAGGAUAUAGGCGUAGUAAUAAAGGUGUAUAU